CUGUGGAGCAAAAAUAGUAGCUGAUGUCUUUUAUUUUGUUGCUUAUUUUGGCUUUCCUCUUCCCACGUGCUCUCUCUCUGGCGUUUUUGUGAACCGUAUGCGCCUCAAUCCUCAUAAAGCAUAUCGCCAUAACCCGAAGAGACAUAUUUGGGGAUAAAAGAAGCUCCGAAGAUUGAAUAGGUGAAGAUAAUAUCUUCGGAGCUUCGUUUAGCUAAUGCUAUCUCUUGGGUCAGAUUGAGCUCCAGCAUUGAUUGCCCAUCUCUUCUUCUUCAACUCCAAAACGGUUAAAGAGGCAUACAUAUCGCCCUGGAAGUUGAACAGACUCAGCAGCAGUAGGUUUUAGGUUAAGCUGUUAAUAGAUGUGCUGAGAGUGAUGAGCUUUUAUCUUCUAUAUCAUAUUUCAGCUUGGGUUUUCCUUGAGACUGUAGUUGAAUCAAGGUUUUUUUACAUAAGGGGAUAAAAAUGCAGUCCGGGAUACUCCCCAAGGUGAACACUAGUAUAUGUUCUAGUAUUUGGAGAGUACUAAGUGGGAGCGGGCUACGGAAUUCAAAAACUUUACUACCUUGUCAGGGAAAAUUUUUGUCUCGGAAUUCAGGGUUGUCUUGUUCGUUACCAUAUUCAACCCUUUUGAUACCCGACACUGCUAGAUAUAAUUUUAGUCCUUUGCAUAAGGGAAAAUCUAUGGCUGCUUCAAGUUCGACACCUGUUUUUGGGGACGUUUAUGUUGAUGACUUAAUUUCAAGUUGCGGGAACUCAUUAGACUUCACAAAACCUACGGCUGUUUUUUUUAAUGAUAGAUGCCAGAGCAGUUUCCUGAAAGCUAGCGUGAGUUUCAGAAAAAAAGAAUCGUACAACAGUCAUCUGAUUUCUGUGCAUGUUGGACCUUGGUUGAGGAAUUUCCAUAACUCAUCUUCCGUGUGCUGUGCUGCUGGUGCUGCUCAUAAUGUAUCAUUUGAUGGCAACUCUAGUGAUGAACAGCUUGCAAAUUCUACCAUUUUGUCCGACCCACCAAUUUUGGGACAAAAAGCUCCGAAACUACUUUCAGGAUCAUGUUAUCUGCCACAUCCUGAUAAGGAGGAGACAGGAGGAGAGGAUGCCCAUUUUAUUUGUGAAGAUGCACAAGCAAUUGGUGUAGCAGAUGGUGUGGGUGGAUGGGCAGAUGUUGGCGUCAAUGCAGGACACUUUUCUCGCGAACUUAUGUCACAUUCUGUAAGGGCAAUUCAAGAGGAGCCUGAGGGUUGCUUCGACCCAGCCAGGGUGUUAGAGAAGGCCCACUCAUGCACCAAAGCAAAGGGUUCUUCAACAGCUUGCAUCAUUGGCCUUACGGAAAAGGGACUACAAGCUAUCAAUCUUGGGGACAGUGGAUUUGUAGUUGUCAGAGAUGGAAGCACCGUCUUCCAAUCCCCUGUGCAGCAGCAUGGCUUCAAUUUUACGUAUCAGCUGGAAAGUGGCAGUGGGGCUGAUCUACCUAGCUCCGGUCAGGUCUUUUUGAUUCCUGUUGUCCCUGGAGAUGUCAUUAUAGCUGGAACCGAUGGGUUGUUUGACAACUUGUAUAACAACGAGGUUACUGCUGUUGUUGUUCAUGCGGUAAGGGCUGGCUUGGAACCACAGGUAACUGCUCAGAAGAUAGCAGCUCUGGCACGGCAGCGAGCACUAGAUAAGAACAGGCAGACACCAUUUUCUACAGCUGCUCAAGAAGCCGGGUUCCGUUAUUAUGGAGGCAAGCUUGAUGACAUUACGGUUGUUGUGUCCUAUAUAACUGGCUCCAGUAAUGUGUGAGUGAGUGAGUCUCUCAAAUCCGGGUGUAGACAAACCAUCUCUUUCCUUUUUGUAAGGUUGCUGGCGGAGCUUAGAAGCUCAUCACUCUGUUUUGCCAUGAAACCCAGAGGGAGCUGUAUUUACAUUGGUUUUUUUCUGGUGCUAUCUGAGAUAUUAUUUUCAUCA